UAUUCAUAGACAGACGAGCAUUUUCUCUAAGCAUCGGCUGAUGGUUGUCAGAAAAUAGUUUUUAGGUUUGUAAUAGCAGCAGUUUGUUACAGUAGCCUCUCUAACAUGACUCACUAAAUGAUGAUUGUAUCAUCAUAAAAGUUUAGUUUAAAGGGCAGGAAAGUUUAGUUAUAUCUCUGAAUUCCCCCACAUUUACACAUGAAGGUUUUUCAAGUUAUUUCCUAUUAUUUGAGGGUUUAGAGCGUAGCAUAAGGAGUUCAGUCAUUGUAUCAAUCAUAUCAAGGAGGAGAAACAUAUUAUCUCUGUUUUUGUAUUUUGAAGAUUUAUGAAUGGAAGUUUUUUACAAACACUUAAAAAAUAAAGGGAAGAUCCAGUGCAUGACCAUAAGAAAAUUGAAUCAGGAUUCAAAGGAUGUCACUGUUGAUAAAUUAGCAGUAUGAACAUGUCCGACUACGUGACGGAUGACUAUGAUAAUUAUACCACCUGUGAGCAGGAUCCAAUUCCAGAGCUGCAUGAUGGAUCCAUGGUCUUGCAGGUUCUUUACUGCAUGCUGUUUGGUCUAGGGCUGCUAGGCAACAUCACAGUUCUCUGGGUUCUCCUCCGAUACAUAAAGCUGAGAAGUAUGACGGAUGUAUGCCUACUCAACCUGGCCGUGUCUGACCUUCUACUGGCUGCAUCUCUGCCACUCUGGGCCUACAAUCACCAGAACCUUGUAUCAUGCAAACUGAUGACAGGAGUCUAUCAGUUGGGUUUCUACAGCGGGACUUUGUUCGUGACCUUAAUGAGUGUGGACCGCUACAUGGCCAUCGUCCAUGCUGUAUCAGCCAUGCGAGCCAGGACACUUCGCUAUGGGAUCAUAGCUAGCGUCACAAUCUGGGUUUUAGCUGUCAUCAUGGCAAUCCCCCAGGUGAUUUUUGUCUCCUUGGAGAUGGAUGAUGACAACUUGAAGUGCCAACCGCUGUACCCAGAGGACAGGCAGCUGUUUUGGAAGUUGCGGCAAAACUUCAGUGAGAACACAGUCGGCCUUUUUGUGUGCCUCCCCAUCAUGGUUUUCUGCUAUGUGAAAAUCCUUAUUGUGCUGUCCAAGGCCAGGAACUCCAAAAGGGACAAAGCUGUAAAGCUGAUAUUUACCAUAGUGUGUGUGUUUGUGGUGUGCUGGGUCCCCUACAAUGUCACUGUUUUCCUUCAGACACUGCAGCUGUUUCAAUUCCUGGACACCUGCGUGGCUUUAAAAACCAUCAACUCUGCCAUGAGCUUUGCUGAGAUCAUCGCACUGUCUCACUGCUGUGUAAAUCCAGUCAUCUAUGCAUUUGUAGGGGAGAAGUUUAGGAAGUCACUGGGCAAAGCGCUGGCUAGAUACCUCUGCUGGAGUUACCAGAGCAGAGGGCCUUUCAGCCACAGAGACACCACAGAGAAAGAGACUUCCAAUACACCUGUAAGAUCAGAUUACUGAAAAAUUGUAACACCUGGUUUCUGUGUGCUGGUGGUUGGUGAAUGUGUGCUUGCAAUGUUUUUUUUUUCACUGAAAUACAGAGACUGCAAAGACAGCAGUGUGUGUCAUGCGGAUAGGUGUUGCCUCUAAGAAAUGUAAAAUGGUUCCCGGGCUAUUCGCAGUAAUGUGAAUGUGUAUAGAAUUUGAUGAAUCAUAUGUUCAAAUCAUGUAAUACUCAGUAUAUUUGUGACUUGUAAAACUAUAUUGUUUUU